GCGCUGAACUAAUCUUCUGGCCUCCCAGAAAUCGUUCCACAGCCUCUCCGCGUCAAGUCGCUGAACUAAUCUUCUGGCCUCCCAGACAUGUAUCCACAGCCUCUCCGCGCCAAGCCGCUGAACUAAUCUUCUGGCCUCCCAGACAUAAUUCCACAGCCUCUCCGCGCCAAGCCGCUGAACUAAUCUUCUGGCCUCCCAGACAUAAUUCCACAGCCUCUCCGCGCCAAGGUGCGGAUCGUAUCGUCUGGCCUGCCAUAGAUCAUUCGGCAGCCUCUCGCACCUUUCUUCCUCCAGUUCCAUGGGAUCAAAUGUUUGACCCAAGAGACAGCAAAGAAGUCACUACGUUUGCGUGGCAAGUGCCUACACCACCUCUCUGCGAGCUGCCGCCAGUAACGGGACCUUGUGAGGCCUACAUGACCAAGUACUACUACAACACGACUACCGCGACCUGCGAGAACUUCGUCUAUGGCGGCUGCCUUGGAAACCAAAACAAGUUCCACAGCGCUGAACAGUGUGAAGAGACUUGCAAAUCUAGGAGCGUAGUGCUCCCCCGAGCCUAAUUCUUCUGACUCGGGCGAAGAAAGCCACUUUGCAAGCAGCACAAGUAACGAAAAAUGCGCGGGAUCAGCGCCUGUCCUCUGUAUUUCCCUGUCUUGUGUUGCCGUUACUUUUGCGCUGCUUUUACCCCCAAGCUCAACCAAUUCGUCUAGCUUUACACUCUAUUGGAGUAACAAUGUUCCAUGCGAAGCAAAAAAAGGAAACAAUGGGGUUAAAUUGAUACACUACACUUUCAGAACUGCUUCUGAGUUCGCGCUUAUUAUCGCAGAAAACGCCGGUCAGAUGCCGGUGUUUCCUUUCUUAGUGCGAAUGUCAAAUUUGAAGCAAGUGCGUCGAUACCAUAACAUCAGUAAAGCCACUCUGUAACGUCACAUGGUUCACUGUAUUCUCUUUGCUUAGCGUGAUUUCUCCAGAAUAAAAUUUGAAGAAAUUGUUGCACUAUA